GCCGCCUCCCGCUCCUCCCCCGGCCUGCGCGGCCGCUGCGCUACGCGAGCGCGGGGAUCCGGUGCGGCCUGCGGGCAGCCCCGCCGCCAUGGCCGGCGAGGUGAAAACCAAGCUGUCCAAGAACCUGCUGCGCAUGAAGUUCAUGCAAAGGGGUUUGGAUUCACAAACUAAAAAACAACUAGAAGAGGAAGAAAAGAAGAUAAUAAGUGAAGAACACUGGUAUCUUGAUUUACCAGAUCUAAAGGAGAAAGAGAGCUUUAUAAUAGAAGAGAGGAGCUUUAUGCCAUGUGAGGAUCUACUUUAUGGCAGAAUGUCCUUCAAGGGAUUCAAUCCAGAAAUUGAGAAGCUAAUGAUCCAAAUGAACUCUAAAUGCAAGGAAGAAGAAGUUGAAGUGGAUGAUAAAAUGGAAGCUGAUGUGUCAGAUGAAGAAAUGGCCAGAAGAUAUGAAACAUUAGUGGGAACAAUAGGGAAGAAAUUCUUGAGAAAAAGAGACCAGCGUGUACUCCAGAAUGAAGAUGAGGAUGGGAACACAAGACCUAGCAAGAAAGCUAAGAAGUUCUUAAAACCUCAGGAUUAAUGUCAGCUGCAUAACUGGAGCUAAUAGAAAUAUUAUCUACCAAAUAUAGUGUAACAAACUGGAGAUUGUUGGGAAUUUUUGCUGUGUAAAGUUCUUCUAAUGUAAAGGACAGAUUUGUAAAUCUGAGUCUUUUCUCAUUUAAGUGUCUACCAUCCACAUGACAAACAUUUUUGGAAGUGGAUGUGUAUAUAAUGGAUGUUAUACAUCCUUUCCUCUCAGUAGCUUUUAAUAUGUGGGGCACUAAUCCCAUCAGCCUGUUUUAAAUGUUGUGCAUAACUAGAUGGAGUGUCCCAUGCAAUUGAGAGCAAUGUUAUUUACUUAGGAUAACAUCUGAAAUGAGUAUUUGGAGUUCAAGACAAGCUCUUCCCAAUCCAGUAAGGCAGUUCAGCUUUCACUGUUUAUUAUGAAAAUUAAAACCUUUGCUGUCUUCAAAAUGAAAAAAUAGUCAGCAGAAACAUGUUGUUUGAGUUUGUUGUUUUUUUACCAUGCUAAAAAUAAGAUGGGAAAAGAGAGAUAAAAUCCAUUUUGUUGAAUGUUAUUUUUUUAUAAAGUCUAUUUAAAAAUAGAUGGGUUUGUAGUAAAACUUGUUUUAUACAGAGAAAGCCAAGUAUUGGGCAAUGCUUACAGUUUGACAUUUGAGCAGAUUUCGAGUCUUAGUUUCUGUCUUCCAAAAGCAGUUUGCUAUUCUUGUCUCUUUUUCAGCAAAAAAAAAUCCAACCUUAUAAUUAUCUGGGUCUUGUCACAAAAGCAUGAUAACAGCUUCAGAAACAUCUGAAAGCUGAAUAAAAACUGGUGGGUUGGGA